AUGUCCUCAAGGGGUGCCGGGGGUGAGAAGGGGGUCAGUGGAUGGUACGGGAAGAAGGAGAGUAAGGGGAAAGAGGGAGCUUGUAGAUUGAGGAUCGGGUCGUGGAACAUAGGCAUGCUGACGGGUAAGUCUAUUGAGUUGGCGAAGAUUCAGAAGAGGAAGGUUAAUAUAGCUUGUGUCCAGGAGACUAGGUGGGCAGGGUCGAAGGCGAGGAAUGCGGGCGGGUAUAAGUUGUGGUACUCUGGAGUCGUGAGGGGUAAGAAUGGAGUGGGUAUCUUGAUGGAUAGGGAUCUUGGAGAGUCUGUGGUUGAGGUUAGGCGAGUGAAUGAUAGGCUAAUUUUUAUUAAGUUAGUGAUUGGUGAGUGCACCCUCAAUGUCGUUAGCACAUACGCGCCGCAAGCGAGCUUGGAUGAGGAGGUUAAGAGGUCGGCUGCUGGUAGUUAUGGCGAGGUGUAUGGUGGCUUUGUCCUUGGGGAUAGGAACGGAGGAGGUACUUCGCUGUUAGACUUCGCUAAGGCUUUCGAGCCGGUGAUUGCGAACUCGACUUUUCCGAAGAGGGAGGAGCAUCUGGUUACUUUCCACAGUUCGGUGGUGAAAACUCAGAUUGAUUACUUUCUCCUCAGAAGGUGUGAUAGAGAGUUGUGCAAGGAUUGCAUGGUUAUCCCGGGAGAGACCCUCGCGACUCAGCAUAGGCUCUUAGUGAUGGACAUCGGCAUUAUGAUGAAGAGGAAGAAAAGGUAUGCUCGUGGCCGAUCGAGGAUUAGAUGGGGAGCUUUAACCAAGGAUAAAGCCCAAGAGUUGGACGGGAGGUUAUCCGUUGUGGGAGCUUGGAGGAGUAGUGGAGACGCGAGCACUAUGUGCUCAACGACAGCGAACUACGUCAGGGAGGCGGCGAGAGAGGUGCUAGGGAUAUCGAAGGGUUUUUCUGGCAGGCACCAAGGCGACUGGUGGUGGAAUGACGUAGUCCAAGGUGAAGUGGAGGCGAAGAAGGUAGCGUACGCGAAGUUGGCAGGGAGCACAAGCGAGGAGGGGAGGAGAGAGAAUAGAGAGAGGUACAAGGUGGCGAGGAAGGAGGCAAAGCUGGCGGUCAUGGAGGCUAAGAAUGCAGCGUUUGGUCGUCUAUAUGAGGAAUUGGGGAGAAAGGCAGGGACAGGAAGUUGUUUCGGCUGGCUAAAGCGAGGGAGAGGAAGGCCCGGGAUCUGGACCAAGCACAUUAAGGUAGAGGAGGUCGUGGGGGCUUUGCGUAAGAUGAGUAGGGGUAGAGCGACCGGGCCAGACGAAAUUCUGGUUGAGUUUUGGAAGUGUGUGGGUAGAGCAGGAUUGGAGUGGUUGGCUGGGUUGUUCAAUGUAAUUUUUAGGACGAAGAAGAUGCCAGAGGAGUGGAGGUCGAGUAGAGUGGUACCGUUGUACAAGAACAAAGGUGAUAUCCAGUGUUGUAACAAUUAUAGGGGUAUCAAGUUACUUAGCCAUACCAUGAAAGUCUGGGAGAGGGUGAUGGAGGUGAGGGACCUUAUUAGGAGGUUGGUGGAACAGUACAGGGAUAAGAAGAAGGAUCUACACAUGGUGUUUAUUAACUUGGAGAAAGCGUAUGACAAGGUCCCUAGGGAGGUGCUCUGGAGAUGUCUUGAGGCAAAGGGCGUGCCAGUAGCCUACAUAAGAGCGAUCAAGGACAUGUAUGAUGGAGCUAAGACUAAAGUUAGGACUGUGGGAGGCGACUCAGAUCAUUUCCCGGUUGUUAUGGGAUUACACCAAGGCUCUGCGCUUAGCCCGUUCUUAUUUUCCUUGGUGAUGGAUGCAUUGACACACCAUAUUCAAGGGGAUGUGCCAUGGUGUAUGUUAUUUGCUGAUGACAGAGUUCUAAUUGAU